AUGAUAAUCCUCGGAGAAGUCCAGAACUGCUCUUCGGAAAAAGUGGCAAUCAGGACGCAGGAAGGAAGCUUUGAGCUGUCUGGAGGCGAAGUCGACCAUGGCCAGCUUGGCCAAAACGACAGAGUGGUUGUCAGUGUCCCGCACAUUUCCCACUUUUCUCAGCUUUCAAAAAUAGAAUACACAAAAGGUGUCAAAAUUGCCAGAAAUCCCUUCAAGUACAUCUCCGACCUAAGAAAAGACCAGUACUGUGACGUGGUUGCUGUGUGCACAGACUACAAGCCCCUGGUUAAGACCAAGGGAACCGACCAUCUGUUUUCUCUGUGCUUGCUUGACCAGACUGGCAGUGUGGAGCUCAAGGUUUUCAUCGAUGAGAAGAGCUUCCGAGAAAUGGCCGAGGAUGCCAGCGAGCCGUUUAGAAAGGGGGACGUCCUGCUAGUCAGGAAUAUAAAGCAGGGAUUUAGCGAGCGCGUUGCUGUUGUCUCAAAGCCUUGUCUAAUCUACAAGGUGACAGGCUACGAGGCGGCAGAUUCUGCCGAAAACAGCGGGCAGGAGCUGGGCAGCUUUGUGGAACAUGCAAUUGCACGGUUCUUGGCAAGCUGCUAUAGAAGCACGUCGUUUUCUGCGUCGUCAAAAAUGAAGAGCAUCCGGGAUCUCCGAGACAGAAGCUUCUUCAACAUCCUUGGCAAGGUUAUUCACUGCGAAUACGACCAGGUGCCGUCGGUAAGCAUAACAGACUUUACUGCCAGUCCGAUGGUGGAGCGGGGAUACGGGGCAUUUCCCAACAAUAUGGUGCUCACAAUCAAGCUUUUUGGCCAGCACUCGUCUCUUUUGAAGAGGAUUGCUGUUGGGAAGCACUGUCUAUUUGUGAACAUCAGGAUGCAUUCGUUCGACACUGUCCUGGAGGCAUACAUGCACGACAACCUGUCCGGCGAUGUUGUUCCUGUGGACAGCGAAAAUGAACUAGGCGAAAUCAAAGCAAGAGAGCAGGAGUACUAUUCGAGUCUGCACAAAAGCAGCCAAACACAGGACACAGACAACAGCGACGCGGAUGCCGAUCGGAAACAGCCGAAUGCAGACAUGUCUGGAGACAGCUGCUUGAGUGCCUCUGCAGCAGAUGGCACAGCGCCAGUAGAGCCGCACAGGCCCCUCGACAUCCCAAUAGUUCCAAUCCAUCACAUUGGCGAGCCCGGAAUCUUCCUGUGCUCCUGCCUCAUAGGCGAUAUUUCCUACUCACCGCAAAACCUGCAUUCAAUAGUGACUGUUGUGGACUCUGGCCGCGAGUACCAAACCAGAGCAAAGAAAACCCUGACCCGGAAAAUUGCCGAAUCGGACAAAAUAGCCGCAGGCUCAGAGUUCAAGUGCUUGGUCUUGAAGACCGCAGCAGACGUGCUGUUCUUGGUGGACGUCUUUGUGGAUGAGCAGGAGUAUCGAGGCUUUCUUGAAUUUUACCACAGAUCGUCAGAAAAGCACAGCAUUAGAACAGAUCAUUAA